AAGCCCACACAUUCCAUGACCGGAAGCGUCGCGCUUGGGACGUGACAGUGUGUCAGUGUCUCAGAAGAGGGGAGUUGUGCGGUUGUUUUAAAAUACAGGGAGGGCUGGCCAGGACGUCUGAAUGCAGAGGGCGGUGGCAGUCAUCGGAGGGGGCAUGAGUGGGCUCUCCGCUUGCUAUCACCUGACCAGAAGCCCCCGAAUAUCCCAGGUGGCGCUGCUGGAGGCCAGCGGGCGGCUGGGCGGCUGGCUGCGCUCCACGCGGAGGGAGGACGGGGCGAUCUUCGAGCACGGGCCCAGGGGCGUGCGUCCAGCCGGGGCGGUGGGCAGGAGCACCCUGGACAUGGUCUCGGAGCUGGGCCUGGAGGGCGAGGUGCUGCCCGUGCUGGCCAGUCACGAGGCCUCCAAAAACCGCUUCCUGUACGUCGGCGGCCAGCUACACAGGAUGCCCUCCGGAGUGGGUGGGCUGGUGCGGACGGUGCCACCUUUCUCCCGCCCGCUGGCGGUGAGCGUCCUGAAGGAGCUGCUGACUCGCAGGGGGGACCAGGAGGAUGAAUCCAUCCACGGGUUCGUAGAGCGUCGCCUGGGGAAAGAGCUCGCGGACAUCGUGAUGGACUGCCUGUGCCGGGGGGUGUUCGCCGGGGACUGCCGCGAGCUGAGCCUGCGCUCCUGCUUCCCGCCGCUCUUCCGCGCCGAGCGGGACUGGGGCUCCGUCGUGCUGGGACUGAUCCGCGGGGGAGGUGAUGCGCGGCUCCCCGUUCGCCGCCGUCUCGCACGGGGCAUCCAGUCCGUCACAGUGGCCGUGGUCAACCUGGAGUACGAGGGGUCCGUCCUGCCCUUCACGGGGUUUGGUCACCUGGUGCCUUCCUUCGAGAACGGGGCUCUUCUGGGGAUCGUCUACGACUCGGUCGCCUUCCCCCAGCACAACCGGCGGGGGGACCCCAGCACCAGGCUGACGGUGAGGCCGAAUGGGUUGAUUUCCCAAAGUGCGGCCUGCUUGCGAUCCCUGUCCGUGUUCAUAUCUUCCACCCUACUGCCCUGCAAAUAAUUAACAUCUGGCUGCAGUGCCUCAGACUCGGUACACAUCUGCACUUUUUGCAUGGUCUGCAUUUUAUUUUCUGACUUCUACAUAUUUAUUUUCCCGGAACAGAUGUAUUGUUCCUGUCGUUAUCCUUUAUGAUGCUUGUAAUAUCCCGUCUACCUCGUUUGCUGUAGUCUCUGCACUGUGCAUGUCCCGAGAGAUCAGAGCGAUUAAGAAUUCCAGUGUUCAUGCGUACAGGGCAAUAAACUCCUCUACUCUGUAUCUCGAAGGCUGUCCAGGAGGGCGAUCUUUAAAUAGGGUGGAAUAUGCACUCCUAAGCACUCUUCCUCUUAAUUUGCACUCAUCUCCAAAAUCCUAUUUUCAUCUCUGGUCAUAGAGCAUUACUUGAGAUGCCGUUGUCACUAACUUGGAGGCUUCCAGAUUCUUUCAUCAAAUCCCUUUCUGGCCUCUUUGGUGUCUCACCUAGUUAAUGAAAUACAGAUCUGAAACAGAGAAAUAAACUGAGUUUAUUUAUUUGACCCUUAUCCAGAGCAACUUGCAUUUGCAUCAGUUUACACAGGAAGUAUUCAGGUAAAGUACUUUCCUGAGAGGUACAACAGCUGUGUCUGGGAUGUGAACUUGCAACCUACCUGUCCAGAACCCAUAACGAUCUUAGCUACUGGGUGAUUAGCGCUCCUGCCUCUCCGCUCUUGGGUCCUGGGUUCGAUUCUGGACUGUGUGGAGUCUGCAUGCGUGUGUCUGUGCGCGGAUGUGCGGGAGCCCUGCAGUGGACUGGCGUCUCAGCGAGGGGGUCGCCCUGCCUUGCCCCCUGGCCUUUCUGCGUUCAUCUCUGGAUAGAUCUUAACUGCUGGCCUCCAGAGUGCAAGCUCAUGUAGCGAAGGCUGGGGCGAUAUCAUGAAUAAAGAGGUGUAGCUGAACAAAUAAUAUCCAUCUCGCUCCGCACCGUUUGUCAUCUUGUUUCCACCACAGUGCUAAGACGUACGCCUGCGGCCAUGUAGCCAGACGAUAUUAUCUGUAUCCGCAGUGGUGCUGUGACACAAAGCGCUGAUAAUGGGAGAGCUUUCGGUCUUUUUUCUUUGUAGUUGCCUCGGUAAGAGAACUCCCCGUUUAUCACGAGCUGCUGCAGUCUGCCGGAGUUAUCGCCGCAGCCCAGCCAGGAGAAAUUUGCUCUGCUGUUUGUUUGUUUGUUUGUUUUUUUCCCUUUCCACCUGCCUGCACUGUGGACAUUAUUAUUAUAUUAUUAUCAUUCAGAUGGAGAUUCGCGAGCAAAAAAAAAAAUCGUAUUUGUUUAAAGCCAUUAUCCGCCUCUGCAGAGAAGCGUGGAAGCUGGUGGUCUGUGCAGGCAGGGCCCGGGCUGCAGGAGGAAAUUGGGUUACGGUGCUCCCAGCCGUAGGAAAAUUGCUGCCGUUCUGUUCAAUUCCUGCCGAUGUCCCCUGCUGUCGGCUGUAGCUCCAUCUCGAGCCGAGACGAGACGUGGAACAAAUCGAUGUCCUGUGAGAAUGUCCUUAGAUGAGGGUCUCUGAGAGAUCCAUUUAUCCGAGCAGGUGGCAGAAACCCUUUCAUUGAGAAAAAUAGCCCCUCUUUAUCUUGGAGAAGACAGGCCGUUCUAACUGUACUGGCGUGUUUUAAACUGCAGGUGUCGUCUCUAGUGUGCCCGUCUCCCCUUGUCGAUUUAAGAGGCUUUUCCUUGUCUAAAUCCCCCCCCUCAUCCAGCGUUCAGCAAGAGCAGCUUCUGUGAAAUGGGUUAAAGCACGAGCUCAUUGACUCUGAG